AUGACUGUCGUUGAAUGGUUGAAAAAUAUGAUUCAUCUUACCGAAACACAUUCAGCGAUCGCAAAAACCACGAAAAAAUGUACGCUUGACAGGCCAUGCAGAGAUGGUUCGGGCUCUUAUGGUUCGGCUCGAACAUGGUGCAAAAGUGAAUGCGGAAGAUGCCAUGAGAAUGUAGUUCGAGCUCUUAUUGAACUUGGUGCAAAAGUAGAUGUUGAAGACAAGUGGAAAUGGACUCCACUUCAUCGCGCAGCCAUUUGGUGUCAUGUGAAUAUAGUUCGGGCCCUUAUUCAACUUGGAGCUAAAGUAGAUGCUCAAGACAAAAAUGAAGAAACACCACUUCAUCGCGCAGCUGCUUGGGGGCAUGAAAAUAUUGUUCGAGCUCUCAUUGAACUUGGUGUAAAUGUGGAUGCUGAAAACUAUAUUCAGAAGAAAUCACUUCAUUAUGCGUCCAUAAAUGGUCAUGUGAAUGUUGUUCGGGCUCUUAUCGAACUUGGUGCCAAAGUGGAUGCUGUUGAAAGAUAUUAUCAACAGACACCACUUCAUUACGCAGCUGAAAAUGAUCAUGUGAAUGUAAUUCCAGCCCUUAUUGAACUUGGUGCAACAGUGGAUGCUAAAAACAAAGAUAAAAAGACACCACUUCAUCGAGCAGCUAUAAAGGGACAAAAAGAUGUUGUUCGAACUCUAAUUAAACACGGUGCAAAUGUGGAUGCUGAAACGAAUGAUAAAGAAACACCACUCCAUUUCUUGGCUAAAUGUGGUAAUGUAGAUGCACUUCGAACUCUUAUCGAACUUGGUGCAAAUGUGAAUGCUGAAGACACCCAUAAAAGGACAUCACUUCAUGACGCAGCUUAUUGGGAAAGUGAGAAAAUAGUUCCAGCUCUUAUUGAACUUGGUGCCAAUGUGAAUGCUGAAGACGCAGACAAACAUACACACCUCGUCAAAAAGCCGAAGGAAGAGGCAGGAGUCCAAAAUUCAGUUUGA